AUGCCAUCUUACCCACCACUAUCGCCCACUGGCCUUCCCAGCUCCCCACGAGUAAACCGCCAAAUGCAGAUGCUCUCUCCAGUCGAAACAUACUCUGACACGACACCACGCAACUCGUCAUCAUCACCAGACGCAAUGACAUCUGAAAAACCAAAGGCCCGCGACAUCUUCGCCGACGCCACCAUUCCCCUCAGCCCAGCAACAUCAACCUCAAGCUCCGAAGAGAAUCCCUACGCCGGUCUCGCACCACGAAAGCGCAACGGCUUCGCCCGUCUAUUCUGCUGUCUGGGCCGCGAAGAGCGCGCCCGCCGACGAGCAGACCGUCACCUUGAAUUCGUCAAAGUCGGAGAGGAAGUCCAUUGGACAGAGUACUAG